UGCUUGGCUUCCGUUAUCCGCGAGGCCCACUCGGACUCACGAAGCCCCGAACCUUCACGCCGACAACACGACAAUUCAGUAGUCCGUGCUACACAAUUCCCCACUCACGGAGAUCAGCACAAACCAUUCAAAUUCCCUACUCGAACACUCUCUACUCUGAGUCUUCUCUCAUCGCCGAUUCGUUCAUGGCGAAAUCGCAAUCCAAUACACGAGUAAGUGAGUAACACGACCACCACCAUCCGCUGCAUAAGACGGUCCGCGAUGUUCCUCAACGAUUACGUCCAACGGAGGCUAUCGUCCCUGUUGCGUCCGUUGCUCCGAGAGGACCCGGACUUGGAACUCCAACUAGGGUUUCUCCGCUCCCACGGCGUCGCCAAGAACCUCAGCUUCGACCCUUCGGUUCUCAACCGGCAGCUGUUCGACGGCUCCUCUCGAUGGUCUUUCACGGACGUAACGGUCGAACAGUUGAGUGUUAGAGUGUCCUACUGGUCUUCCCCCAACCUCGUACUCGAGGUUCGCGGUCUCCGUGUCGCUCUAUCACUUGGGGAAUUGAAGGAGGGGAGAGGUUUUAGAACGAGACAGGAAUGGACAGACACGGCUUUGGAGGAUAAGGAGAGGGCUUUAGCCGAAAUGGAUCCUGAGGGUAGAGAUUUACAUGAACUCAUGCAAACAUUAGCGGACAUCGAUUAUGCAAGGAAUCGGAAGACUUUUAUCUUUAGUGGGAUACUAAAAUUCAGUCAGUUGCAGAUGCAUGACAUUCAUGUUCAAGUGCAAUUUCCCACUUCAAAUGAUACAUUCAGCUGUUUUUGUGAGAUGAAGGAGCUUAAUGCAGAAUCUAUGUAUACUGAGAAUGGGUGUAUUUUGAAAGGACUCAUCAGUUCACUUUUUUCUCCUUUAAAAGAGGGAUCUUUCAGUCUUGACGUGAAAGGUUUUGAGAUUGGGUUGAAGAGGAGAGAUAGAAUCAGCUGUCCUGUAGUUUCAGCAGAUCUGUUCACUCGCAUCAAAUUCAAAGGUCUGCAGCUUAUGGGCGUCAAUCUUAAUGUUCCAGUGUUAAGCUUGUCAGUUUCUCCAGAAGACCUUCCCAUCAUUUUCGCAUUUUCGCCACCCUCACCAAAUGAAUCCAAUUAUCCGAGAAGUGGUAGGCACCUAUGGAACAUAGCUGCAAGCAGAAUUAGUUCCCUGAUGUUGACUUCAAGAUUGACAUUGUAUACGUUGGUUGGUAUUAUCUGUCUGUGGUUACGGUAUGUCAAUGCUUAUGAGAAUCUACUUGUGUUAGUUGGAUAUCCUGUGGACAACGUCAUGGAAGGAUCUGCUGUUAAGAUGUCCAAGGAUAAUCCCUUUUCAGUAUCUGUUAAAAAUCAUUGGAAGAUGGUUUCUGAAAUUGAAAAGAAGCUGCCUGCUGAGGCUAUUGCACUGGCACGGCGAAUAACCCGUUACAGAGCAGCAUUAAAUAUUAGACAAACAAACGAUUAUUCUAGUAGAUUGUUAGUCAGUACUUGCUGGGGAUUCUUCAAUAGGGUCCUUGCACUCCUACAACUUAUUUGGAGCUUUCUAUGCGGAGCACUAAGGUCAUUAAUGAUAUUACUUGGGCAAAUAUUAUUGGAUGACCAUUCACACAUUGAAGGACAGAGUAGAACUUCUGAAGAUUCCUGUGCACAAAGUUGCUUUAACGUAAGCAUGGGAAUGAUUUCUAUUGUUUCCUCAGUGAAUAGGGUUCAGACUGUUAGUGGUGGGGACCCAAUUUCAAGUGCCGGGAGCUCCAUGGGUGUAGUUUCAGUUUGUGUUUCAAUUGACGGCUUGUUUUUAGUAUUCACUGAGAAAAUUUGUGAACAGUGUUUUUUCUUUUCAUGCGGGAACUUGAAGGUUAUGUCCUCAUCUCAUGCUGAAGAUGGCUUGAAGAAUAAUACUAGAUAUCUGAACGGACACUUGAAAAAGAAAAUUGAUUAUUCGAAAACCAUUGUAUGGGGUGAGCCUGCACGAGUGUUUUAUCCAGAAGAUACUACAACUAAUGCAACUGAUGGGUCUUCUGUCUCGCCCUUGUGGAAUCUUCUUGGUGAGAUGAGGUUAAAUUGGAAAAAUUAUUGCACAACAUUUGAAGGAAGUAUGAUUCAGUGUUUCGAAAAUCCUUUGAUUCUCUGUGAGAUAAAACGAUUUGCGACGGAUCGAAGCCUGAAGAAUUUGAGUUCUGGGUUUUGGGAAUUCUGUUUGAUGGUUGGAAAAUUGAAGUUUGUCUUGGAUUAUCCCUCGAUACUACCGACUGCUCGGGUUCUUAGACAGGUACACCAUGCUCUUUGUUGGACAGAUUGCAGCAGGAGAGCACAAGUGGUUUUGCCUACUCCAGUGACAUAUGAGAUCCCACUAGCAGUCAGUUGGGAUAGGAGAUGCAAGUCAUAUAUUAGUGAAAUGGAGAAGGCAAUGCUUAAAAUGCUUCCACAGAAACAUAUUCAAAUUGCAGUGUUUAUUGCUGGUCCUCUCAUCAAAAUUUCCCUGAGAAAGGAGGGCUUCCAUGAUGAGUAUGAAAAUGGAAGUCAUGUCUCUAGCCAGGAUGAUCUUCACCUUGAACUUGAUGUCCACAAUAUAGAACUUGCUGUUUGGCCAACUUUGAACUCUGAUUUUGUAGCUUCUACUGACCGACAAGGAUUGAAUGAUGCAGGGCGAGAAUCUUUCAGGUUUAAGGAACCCCGAACAGUUAAAGUGCCUAAGAUGGAUAAUGAGAUAUACAUGUGUCAGGGGAAAAUUUGGCACGGUAUUUACUUAAAUGUUAUUGGUUUAGAAGCUUAUCUCCAUGACUCAGCAAAAAAUCAACAGUGUCCAGUUAUUUUGCUAAAUCCAACAACUAUCAAGUUAUCCUUCUUGAGGGAAGAUGUUCAUUCAUUUAGCACAUCAAUUGUGGCAUUCUCAGCAGCGUUGCAUGGGAUGGCGACAGGAGUAACUGUCUCAUUAUGCAUGGAUAGAUUGUCUAUUUUGGUUGAGGAACUUGUUGACCUGUUUUCUGCCGUGUCAUGUGUUGAUUCGUAUGGUGGUGUAAGCUUUCAAGAAUUAAGGAGGCAAGAGAUGACGUGCGCUGAUUCUGCAAGUGAGGCGACACUGGUGACAGGAACGAAGAGGCUACCAUUGUGCUGGACGAAAGUUCUUUUUGGUAUUAGUAGCACUUUUGAGAUCAGGUCAAUAGUUCUUGUCCUCCAUAACUCCCGGAAAAGCAAUAUGGAGAACUCUGUCAUGCCAUUUGACACAACAUGGGGUGUCUGCAACGCUGUUGCUAAAAAGUUUGCGAUGGAUGGUUUGCCUGUUUAUGGAAUUUUGUUUUGUGUUCAACAGACAUCUUUGGAGUUUUUGUGUGAAGAAAGUGAGCUGGAAGUUAUUGCUCAUCUCACAGAAAUUCGCUCCGUCAUUUUCAGAGAUCAGAAUGACAUUUGUAUAACAUUAGAUAAAUUUCAACAUAGAAAUCUGCUGCAUUCUCUGAGUUGCUUGUAUGAACUCUCUCUUUCCCACUGUACAUCUGCUUUGCGGUUAGCAUCCCUUCAGAAUGACUUACAUUCAGGAAGUGUGAGUGAUGCAGCUGAGGGCUCUUCUUCUGUGGGAAAGAUUUCUCAUGUGGUGGAGGAUUCGGCUACACCCCCUCAAGAAUCAAACACUCCAAAUAGGGUGGCACCAGCCAUUGGUACUUGGUUGGUUACGAACUUCGCAAUCAGUGAAAUUUAUAUGACAGGAUUGUUGGUAAAGAAGAUAUUGGUUGGAGCUCAAAAAUCAACCAAGCUUGAAUGCUCAGUAUCUGUCGGGCAUGAAUUCCGGAUGAUUGCUUGCCAUAUACAGGGUGGUUCUGUAUUCGUUGAAACAGAAGCACUGGCAAUGUUUGUUGAAGGUUUUGCUUCGUACCUUGGUUGCAUCAGAAGUCUUUCACAUGUAGCAUCAUCUGAAGAGCACAUGGUUACUGAAACUGGUGAAAACAUGGCUGCACAGGAUGGUCAUCCCAGUGAAGGGCAACAAAAGACCCUUCAACAAAGGAUAUGGGAGCAGUUGGAAGUAUUUACAGUAGAUCUUUCUCAGCUUUCUCUGUUUCUUGUGGCUGCAGAAGAAUCUGGUGGAUUUAAAGAACUUCAAUUUGAUGCUGAUUUGCAUUUGGAGCUUGAAUUGGUCAAUACGAAUAAAAGAUUUUUAUUUGAUCUUUUCCGCUUGUCUAUUCUUUCACAAAUCCUUCAUGAAAAUGAGGAACAGCAAACCAAUGAUAUUCCGAUUCCUCAUUUUUCAUCUCUCAUGCUGAGCGAUUCAUCUUCUCAGUCUUUACAUGGGGAUCCUAAAUUAGAAUUUGAACUUACCGAUGGGAUUCAUUCAGCUCUUAAUGAUGCAAGUUGCUCAGGCCCUUGUUUUUGGCAAAAGGAACCUGUUGUGGAUGGUUCUGUAUCUGGAGUCCUGGAUUUAAGUCGUCAAAGCUAUAUAUUGAAACAGUUAAGUGCAUCCAUUGCCGUUGAGAAGCCUGUGCAGGGAGAGAGUCAGGUCUUGAAUGAGGUUUGGGUUGGCAUUGGGUCUAUUACAGGUUUUGACAUGACAAUCUCUCUGCCAGAAGUAAAGGUGCUUUCAUCUACUGUUGAAUCCUUGUCAGGGAUUCUUGGUGAGAAGACUUCUGGCAAUGUCAAACAAAGGCACAAUUCUACUAACCAAGAAUCUGAUAGAAGUUCGGAUGAAACAGUUCGUGAUGGGGCUCUUGUUGCUAUUCAAGAUGUCCAUCAGCACAUGUAUAUGGCAGUUGAAGGUGGAGAAAGCAAGUACAUUUUGGUUGGAGCAACUCAUUAUUCACUUGUUGGAGACAGGGCUCUUUUUAGAGUGAAGUAUCAGAAUCAAACGAGGUGGAAAUCAUCAGUUUUGUGGUUCUCCUUAAUUUCAUUGUAUGCUAAGAGUGAUUCAGGGGAACCAUUGCAAUUGAACUAUUGCCCAGGAUCUGGUUUUGUUGAUAUUUCCAGCGUCAAUGAUGGUGGGCGGGCACUUUGGAAGAUGAUUUCUCGUAGACUUGACAGUUCCGAGGGUGAUAUAGAGUCAGAGUCCUACAACUUCUUAGCUAGGAAUACAUUUUAUCUUGUAAACAAGAAGAUUGACCGUGCUGUUGCUUUUGUUGACGGGGUUCCAGAGUUUGUCAACAAGCCUGGAAAUCCUUUCAAGUGGAAAGUCUUUGUUGAUUUUCCUCUAGCUCGUGAUGUUGGGCUGCCAGAUAGAUAUCCGGUGGAUGCUUCUAGAACUAGCCUGCAACAUGAUUUACAUGGGAAUAAAGAGCGCUUCUCUGGCAUACCGCAAAAUCUUCAUUACAUAGAUAUUGUGAUUGAGAAGAUCAUAUUGACCAUUGUUCAUGAACUUCCAGAUACAAAGGAAACAUUCCCUCUCCUUCAGGCAUCUAUCAGUACCAGGGAAUUCACAGUACAAAUUCUACCUGCUAAAGCGAGGGUUAUAAGCACAUUAAGCAUGGUGCUAUGCUACUUUGAUUCCCAAAGUAACUUAUGGAGAGAUGUCAUUCACCCAGUUGAAAUAUGUGUUUUCUACCGCUAUCGGUUCCUGAUUAAAGGUUCAGAACUUGAUCUACACAGGGUGCCUGUCCAUUUUUAUGGUAGAAUGAAAGAGUUCAGGAUGUCAGUAAGUGAGCUUUCCGUGGACAUACUUUUAUUUGUGAUUGGAAAGUUAGAUUUGGCUGGUCCCUAUGCCAUAAAGACCUCUACAAUUUUGGCUAACUGCUGCAAGGUGGAAAACCAGUCAGGCUUAAAUCUUCUUUGUCACUUUUAUGAUAAUCAAGAUGCGCUGGUAGCCAGAAAGCAGUCAAGUAUCAUUAUGUUAAGGCACUCGGCUCUUGCCAAUCAACCUCGAGAAGCAUCAUAUGUCUCAUUCCAGCUUGCUGAGCGAGGAACCUAUUUGACCUCUCCCAUCCGUCUAUCGCUCUUAGAAGCUAGAUCACUUGCUUGGAGAACGCGCAUAAUGUCAGAACAAGAUUCCAAAACAUAUCCAGGCCCAUUUAUCGUGGUUGACAUCUCAAGAAAAAGUGAGGAUGGUUUGGCGAUUGUGGUUUCUCCUUUAUUGAGAAUACACAACGAAACUAAAUUCUCAAUGGAGCUUUGUUUUCGACGGCCUGAACAAAAUGAAGCUCAGUCUGCUUCUGUGGUGCUCAAGACAGGGGAUUCAAUUGAUGAUUCUGUGGCAGCUUUUGAUGCUAUAAGUUUGUCUGGUGGAUCAAAGAAGGCAUUGACAUCUUUAAGCGUUGGUAACUUCUUAUUAUCUUUUAGACCAGAAAUUACAGAGUAUUUAACCAUUGCUAAGAAAUUACUAUCAUUGGAGUGGUCAGAUGAUCUUAAAGGUGGAAAGGCUGUUCGGCUCUCUGGAAUAUUUGAUAAAUUAAGUUACAAAGUUCGGAAGGCUUUCCUUGUUGAACCAGCGAGAUAUUCCUUCAGUACAGUGUGUUGCUCCCUCAGAUAUGAAGGUGGAGAAGUUGCUGAUUUAUUUUUCCUUGUUCAAAGUGUUGUAAGGAAUAUACCUGUUAUACAACCAAACAACCAUGGAUAUGCCCCAGGAAAUUGGGAUUCACCACUAGCAUUACAGGAGCAGAAGGAAAUCUUUCUUCUUCCUACAGUUAGGGUCUUCAAUUUGUUGCAGGAAGAGGUUCACGUGCUUUUAACUGAUAUGGAUCCAUGUGCUGCUAUGGAUCGUGGAAACAUUGGGAACCAGGCAACUAUUCCUCGUGGGUCAUCUAUUGAUUUGUAUGCUAACCCGGUCACGAUAUACUUCAUUGUUACUUUGACUGCAUUCAAUUCAACCUGCAAGCCGGUUAAUAGUGGUGACUGGGUUAAGAAGUUACAGAAGCGAAAAGAUGAUGUUCAUUAUCUGGAUAUUGAUAUUGAUUUUUGCGGUGGAAAAUAUUUAGCGUCAUUAAGAUUGUCUCGUGGGAAUAAGGGUGUGUUGGAGGUGGCUAUCUUUACCUCAUACACACUGAAAAAUGACACUGAUAUCUCUUUUUUCUGCUUCGCACCCCAUCAGAAGCCUCUUUCUAGGGAUGAAACUGAAAAGCUUGGCUUCACGAUUCCUCCGGAGCUUGGAACUUUUUUGCCCCCAAAGUCCACCAAAUCUUGGUUCAUGAAAAAGAACAAGGUGUGCCUGAAAUUGUUGGAAGAGAAAGGAUCUGUGGUGAUGUUGGACUUGGAUGCUUUGUCGGGCCUUACAGAGAUAAGCGUGGAAGUAGAGGACAUUUCUGGAUUUAAGUACCUUACAAAAUUGGGGGUUUCUUUAGGACCAUCUACAAGUGAACUGAAUGUCACGUCACAGAUAGUAUCCAUGGUCCCACGAUAUGUUGUAUCCAAUGAAUCAGAGGAAGCCAUCAUUGUCCGCCAAUGUUAUUUGGAGGAUGACAUGGAAGGGAUGAUUCCUAUCAACAGCAAGCAAAAAAUAGCCUUGAAGUUGCUGAGUGGAACUAGCAAGAGGGAAAUUAGUGGUUUUGAGAGAUUUGUCCGAAAACACAGGAAUACUCAUGAUGAUUCCAUGGCAUUCAUCCAGUUUCGACCAGAUAAGGCUGGAUUGGGCUGGUCAGGGCCAGUAUGUGUGGCUUCACUGGGGCGCUUUUUCCUGAAAUUUAAAAGACCAUCAGAUUUUCUUGGAGAACAAUCUAGCCAAGUAACUGCAGAUAGAAACAUUUCAGCAGAAUUUGCAGCUGUUCAUGUUGUGGAAAGAAGUUCUACUCUUGUUUUGCAUUUCCACAAACCACCGGAUAUCAAUCUGCCAUAUCGUAUCGAAAAUAGCUUGCAUCAAGCAUUCAUCACCUAUUAUCAAAAGGAUUCAGAGGAGCCAGAGAAUCUAGGUUCUGGAAGGAGUGUAGAUUAUGUCUGGGAUGACUUUACUCUUCCACGAAGGCUAGUGGUCCAAAUUAAUGGUAUGAAUAUUUUGCGUGAAAUCAACUUGGAUAAAGUGCGAACAUGGAAACCAUUUUAUAGAGUCAGCCAACGCAGGGGGUUGGGAUUUCAUUUGCCAUUAGAUAAAAAGCUAGGAGAGCGGGAAAAAACUAGUGUUGGUGAAUCAAUGGGCCUUCAGAUGGUAAAUGUGGGAUAUGAAGUAUAUGCAGACGGCCCCACACGAGUGUUGCGGUUCUGUGAGGUUCGUGAUAGUCACAAUCAAGAUGUAGUUUUCCACUCGAAUACAAAGAUACGAUUGAGAAUCUCCUCUUUUGCUCUCCACUUAGUUGAACAUGCCAAUCAGGAGAGAGAUACUGAUGCUUCAAGUUACGCACCUAUCAUAGUUCUGAGGCUUGAAAACGUCAAUUUGGAUUCUAUGCUUACUGAUAAGCACAAGUACAAUGAAUUGCGGGUGCAGUUACUCAGUAUCGAUCAAAAAUGGGUUGGAGCUCCUUUUGCGGCAAUGCUUCGCAGGCACCAAUCGGACUACAGUUACAUGAACGACGAUAUUCUGCGCGUCGUCAUUGUCCUACUUCCGUCCAGUUCUAAUGUCAAACAAGUCAAGUACUCGUCAGUGGUUCUGCAGCCACUUGAUUUGAAUCUUGAUGAGGAGACACUAAUGAGACUUGUUCCGUUUUGGAGAACAUCCCUCAGCGAAUCAACUACUCGAAGUCAACAGUAUUACUUCGACCAUUUUGAGAUCCACCCAAUAAAGAUCAUAGCAAGCUUUCUUCCAGGGGACUCAUACUCCAGUUAUAGCUCAUCACAGGAGAUGUUGAGGUCUUUGCUGCAUAGUGUGAUAAAGAUCCCUGUCAUAAAAAGUGCGACAGUAGAGCUCAAUGGUGUCUUGGUUACUCAUGCUUUGAUUACCAUAAAGGAAUUGUUUAUCAAAUGUGCGCAGCAUUAUUCAUGGUAUGGCAUGAGGGCCAUCUAUAUUGCCAAGGGGAGCACGUUGCUUCCACCAGCUUUUGCUUCUAUUUUUGAUGACUUAGCAUCAUCCUCUCUUGAUGCCUUUUUUGACCCGUCCAGUGGCCAAAUCCAUCUUCCUGGUUUGACAAUAGGUACAUUCAAACUCAUCAGCAAAUGUAUAGAUGGUAAAGGAUUUUCUGGAACAAAACGCUAUCUUGGUGAUCUGGGGAAAACCAUGAAAACAGCUGGGUCAAAUGUACUAUUUGCUGCAGUAACUGAAAUAUCUGAUUCAGUACUGAAGGGCGCAGAAGCAAGUGGUUUGAAAGGAAUGGUUAGUGGUUUCCACCAAGGAAUUUUGAAGUUGGCUAUAGAACCGUCAGUACUGGGUGCUGCUUUUGUGGAAGGUGGCCCAGAUAGAAAAAUUGAGCUUGAUCGAAGCCCUGGAAUUGAUGAGUUAUAUAUUGAAGGGUACUUGCAAGCUAUGUUGGAUACAGUGUACAAACAAGAAUAUCUGAGAGUCCGAGUUGUUGACAAUCAGGUGUUCCUCAAAAACCUGCCUCCAAACAGUUCCCUUAUAGACGAGAUCAUCGAUCGUGUGAAGGGUUUCCUUGUGAGCAAGGCAUUGUUAAAAGGAGAUUCUUCAAUAACUUCACAGCCUUUACGCCACCGACGUGGUGAUAGUGAGUGGAAAAUUGGGCCGACAGUGGUGACUUUGUGCGAACACCUCUUGGUGAGCUUUGUGAUUCGUUUACUCAGAAAGCAAGCCGGUAAGCUUAUUGCCAGAACGAAGUUGAAGGAAAAAUUCGUGGGUGAUGAUCAGAAAGCCAUUAUCCCGACAUCCGCCAAACAAGGACAGAAAAUGAAGCUUUUCUGGAAGUGGGGAAUUGGCAAGUUUGUGGUGUCGGCUAUAUUUGCUUACAUUGACGGACGGUUAUGCCGCAGUAUUCCUCAUCCUGUAGCGAGGAGGAUUGUGAGCGGCUUUCUGUUAAGUUUUAUUGACAAAAAUGAGGAUGAAUGAAUUUACUAGAGGAUAAUUGUGAUCUCUGAUUUGGGUAUAGGGGUACAAGCUGCGACCCCUUUUGUAUGAAGUAGGUGUACAUAUUUUUUUCCACGGAAAUGUGUAUAUAUCAGUGAUUUGCAAUUCAGUAUAGGGACUGGAGCUGUAAAGGCUAAAAUGUAUGUCCAAAUUGUGCAGCCAAUUUUUGGAGGGUUUAUGCUC